UUGAUUGGCGGAAGUUAUCGGCGUAAGGGUUUGGAUAUGGAAGAUGAAUGGGAAGAAGAGGAACAGCUCGUCGUGAUGGAGCUCUCUGGAAUAAUCAACAACGACUUCCUGUCCAAGGGUCGAGGCAAGUGCAAGAUACUCGAUAUCGACGGCGAGAAGCCCAUGAUGCAAGUUGGGCAGUAUGUGUUUGCAGGGGAAUAUGAAGACACUUUGGGAACAUGCGUGUUAUUUGAGGAGUUACCACAAAAAGGAAAAUCAAGUGACCUGAAAUACAUGUGCCACACUGUGAAGAAGCUGACAAUGCAACGGGUCUUUGUGACUGAGAAGAAAGAGGGUGAAACAAGCAGAGGAGGAAGUGAUAACGCUGAACAGAGGGAGGCACCUCUUCUUUCUGUGGACAUGACACAUACCACAGAUUUGGAGGAUUCAGUUGUUGAAUGAAAUCUGCAGACUUUUCUCUAUCAUGACCCUCUUCUAUGAAGAUGACAUCUUAAGAAUUAUCAUGAAAUCCAUCUUUGAAACGGAUAUGAAAGUGGGGAACUUCAGUUUAAACAGCAAUUUCAACAAUUGGAUUUGUUCUUUUUUUGUUUAAUGUUUCAUUUAUUUAUUUCACAUUGUGCAUCCAAAUUUUAUUUUUUUUGUAACAUAAUUUUGAUUAGUUUUGUUUUUUAUGCCAGUAGUUGAAGCUUUUCGGCAUCAUACACAAGCUUUUGUUUGUACAUUUACAAAGGAAAGUAGGAAAUCAAGUUGUGCUUCAAUGUCUGAAUUUCAUCUGCAGCAUUUGUAAACCGACUUAAUGGAAAACAACAUGAUAAAAAUAUUUUGGUACUAUUCAUUGUGAUGCUAUGGCAUUUAAAGCAUUAAAAGCAUUAACAUACUAACAUUAUUUUUAUUUGUUAUGAGCUUUUAUGUUGCCAGUGGUCAUAAAUAAAUGUAAUCAUUAAAGGCAGAGAUAUCAACAGUGCUUGAAAGGUUAUAAUAUUAGGCGAUCAUUUUCCAAUGACAAGUGAAUAUCUUAUUAGUCCUACAUGAGCACUGUUUUGACCAUAAAGCUUUCAAUUUCUAUUGUGAACAUAACUGAAAACUGUCAAGAGUGGAUCUAAGUUAUGAUGUUAUAUCUUACUCAGUGUUAAUGUUAUGGUCUUUAACUUUCAUUGUAAAAAUUGUAGAUUUUACAGUUAAUAAACAGUUUGCCUUUUUGAAAAAAAAAAUUUGAUUUACAAAAUUAAACCUAUUAAUUUUGUCACAGCUCCUACUCAGAAGUAUAAGUUUAUGAAUGAAGUAGAUUUUGUUGAUUUUUGUGGACG